AUGAGCUCAGGCUAUCAAGGUGAUUUCACCAAUAAAAUUGAUGUUCAUGAUCAAAACAACAGUUUGAAUGACUCAAUUUCUUCGUUGAAUAAUCCAAGCCCUAUUCAUCCGUUGGAUUUGAGCGGUAACAUCGGUAUUGGUAAUCAGUCGAUAACAAAUUUACCGAAUGAACAAUUUAACCAUCAGCUAGGGGGGUUUAGAACUAGGGCAAGGGCAGGGACCCUUCCUUCUCGGUUUAACUCUUCCAAUACUUUAACUUUCCAUUCUGGCUUUGAUUUUUUGAAUAACAAUUCGACAAGUUCUUUGACUGUACCAACGUCAAGCAACACCGUACACCCUUCCACAUCAAACUUGCCAAUAAACCGAACAUCCCCAUUAUUGAAUGCCGUGAGCUCAGAUAAUCCAACAUCGUUAGGAAAUUCUGGUUCAAGAGAUCCAUUUAAUGACAUAUUUGGCUACAAUAACUCAUCUUCAAAUUCCUCAGCUAAUACCACCUCCCCCAGUGUCAACAGCAAUUUACCUCAAGUUGGUGGUGGCAGAAGAUUAAGAUCAGGCUCCUUGUUUGGCUUCGAUUCAAACAUUUGGAGUUCUGGCUCUAAUGAAAUGUCUUCCAUGUUAUCAACAGCCAAUAAUGACUCAAUGCUUGAGGCCAAGCCUAGACCUUUGAGACAUCAUGCAUCGAUGCAACAGAUAGGCAAUAAAUCUUUAAAUCAGACGCCUCAAUCCCAACCUCAACCUAUGCCGUCACAGCAGGCUGCUCAAAAUUUACCAGAUUUUUCUCGUAUUAGAUCUUAUACCACGUCCAAUGCUUUGAGUGAUAAACAGUAUCAUUUGUCUUACGAAUCUCAAAUUAAUAUGAAUCUAGGCCAGAAAAGCCUGAAUAAGGAUAUAAGUUCUAGCGUAUCUAGUGAUCCUAUUGAAUAUAGUUAUGAACACAAUCAAUUUAUUAAUGAAAGUCCUAUCAAGAUUAAUCCCAAUACAACUAAUGGGCAGCAACAAGGCAUUAACCAAAUAGUGAAUCAUGCUAUUUUCUCAUCUCAAUUAGUUGAAAAUUCGAGGCCUAGGUCUCAAACUUACUCUAUUGGUUCUAAUUCUCAGCAGGUUAUCGAUUCUUCGAAUGAUUACUAUGCCAACAUUGUUAGCUCUCAUCAACCUCAUCAUCAAUAUCAAGCUCGGAAAAUUCCACAACCAGUCCAACACUCUUCCAAUUACGCACCUCAAAUAAGUCCAAUCUUAUCUCAACAUCAACCAUUACUUGUCGAUAAUGCUAAAGUCAAAAACAUAGAAUUUACGUCAACUUUUCAAGUCUCCACAUUAUCACCAUCAAAUACCAUUUUACUUAUGAAUCUACCACCAUUAUCAUUUGGAAUCACAACUGCCGCUGGUAUCUAUAAGCUAGCGACAAGUUUUGGUAAAGUGCUUGGCGUUUAUGUGUUUGGUACUCAUGAAAAUGAGGGAAGUGACAAUGAAGAAAAGAAGAACAAUUGUCAUACAAUUAAUGAAGAUGACGAGUAUAUCACUUCAAAUUCUCAAAGUCAAUCACCAGUUUCUGCAAAUGUUUUUUCAUUGGUUGAAUUUGAUAAAAUUGAGGUUGCUAUGCGUGCCAAAGCCCAAUUAAAUCACAAAGAAUUAUACCCAAACUAUUCGUGUAUUGUUGGAUUUGCAAAGAUCUUGACUAAUCAGUAUGCUAGUUCUUCUCUGGCUAAUCUGAAGUCAAAGGUAGCUACUAUUAUCUCACCUGAAAUCUCCAAUUCUAAUCAUGACACUCCAAUAUCCCAUACAACCGCUUCUACAAUUUCUAAAAACGUCUCCAAAUCACCUGUUGAGAAUGAAAGGAAGAAUCUUCUACUCACGUCAGAACCAUCGCCAUUUGGAAAUAUUUUGAACGAUCUCCAAAAAAUUCUCGGUGAGUUUGAAGCAUGUUUCAAAACAUGCGACGAUCCUAAUGGCGCUAUUGCCCAUAUGAUUAAAAACGCAGCUGGUUAUGUGGGCUUUGACGAUCAUUAUGGACCUUUGCCUGAUCCAAUUCCUGUUAGGGAAUUUGACUCGCCAAAGUUACGAGAAACCAGAAAACUCAUUGACUCAAAUCAGUUGGAUCAAUUUGAAAUGGAGUCUAUCGCAUUGGCAAUGUACGAUGAGAUGGCAGAUUUAUCAAGCGAUUAUUUGGGUAACACGGUUGUUCAAAAAGUCUUUGAAGUCUGCAGUGAAGAAAUUAAAGACUUGCUUUUGAAAAAAAUUUCUCCAUAUAUAGCCCAAAUGGGAAUUCAUAAAAAUGGUACAUGGGCAGGCCAAAAAAUUAUCAAUGUCGCCAAUACUAACAGGCAGAAAGCUAUCAUCAAGAGAGCUAUUUUACCUUAUGUUGCUCCUUUAUUCAAGGACGCUUUUGGUAAUUAUUUGGUCCAAGGUUGCCUAAAAUUUGGAGCACCGUAUAAUGAUUUUAUUUUCGAGGCCAUUUGCUCCAAAUUUUGGGUAUUGGCUCAAGAUCGUUAUGGUUCUAGGGCUAUUCGUGCAGUGUUGGAGAGUGGUGACUGUACUGUUGAACAGACCAGUUUAUUGGCUUCCUUGAUUGUUGUUUAUGCAGAGUUUUUAGCCAUCAACAACAAUGGUGCGUUAUUAUUGACUUGGUAUUUAGAUACCUGCAGUCUAAAAGAUAGACUUGUGAUAUUAACCAAAAAGAUCUUACCCUGGUUAGUAGAGUUGAGUUACAAUAAGUUGGGGAGUUUAACCAUCUUGAAAAUAUUGAACAACAGAAAUCACACUGAUGCUGGGGAGUUGAUUUUGAAAACAUUAUAUGGUGAUUUGAAAUUUUCAGAAGAUCUGAAAGAGAGUUUGAAUUCCGAAGAAUUAUCUUCAAAAGUUCCAGAAAUAUUGAAACAAAUACUAAAAGAGUUUACUUAUGGGCCAACUUUUAUCCAUAAGACCUUGUCUGUUCCUUUAGUCACUGAGAAUAAUUUGAAGCCGAAAAUUAUCCAUCAAAUCAAAAGAGCAUUAAUCGAUAUGAAAGUCACUGUUUACCAACAAGGAUAUAAACGAUUGAUGGAUGAAGUCGGCUUGAGUGGUAAAGAAGGUAAUAUUUCAAUGGUUAAAAAUGGUGGAAAUAUUCUCAGGACAAAUGGUAAUGGUAACUUCUUUGUUAAUAACAAGCAUCAAGUUAGAAAUAAUGGAAGUAGCAUAAACAAUGCAGUCAAAGCUAAUAGUUCAAUACUGAUGUCUAUGAAUGUCAUGAAUGGAAUCCCUAUUCAAUUACAGAAUGUUAACGCAAAUCAUAAUAGAUUUGCAAAUCCAUUACAGCAGAUAGUACCAUCUCAAUUUGCUCAUCAGAAUCCACUUGAUUAUGGUUUCAGUAGUCAAAUUCCUGUCCCACAACAGCAACAACACAAGCAAUCAUUCGCAGCUAAUCCCCAAACGCAGUACAAUACGCCUCAAUUAUUACAACUGCAACAAUACAGCACUUAUGGUUUGGGAACUUCUCAGGGCCAAGUUUUUGACCAGUCAGGGCUUUUGAACCAACUUGAUUUGUUAAACAUUAGUGCAAAUUCCAAUAACAAUAACAACAACAUCAAUAGAAAUUAUAAUCCAUCUUAUGAUCCCAAAAUAAUUAAUAAUUAUAGAUAA